AGAGGAUAUAAUGUCUUUAGUUUAACUACUUUUAAUCAAUUUGUCCUGCUUUGGCAAAUGAAUCUAUAUAAACAUAAUGAAGAAAUUCUGCACAAUACUUCUUUUAAUAUGCGCGUCCACCGCUGAGUUACCCAAUGAUUGUAAUGACCCUAAUUGGCAUUCAAUUGAAACAUUAGAGUCUGCCCGAUUAAGGUGCGGGGAAGUUUUUGAAAAUCGUUGCUAUUGCAUGGAAACGUGUUAUGAGAAUCACCAUCAGUUUGUCGUCAAUUGUACUAAUUCAGCGUUCCAUAGCACGACACCAUUAUCACAUCUGCCGAACGAAACACAAGUGCUAAUUUUCACCGGAAAUUAUAUCCAAGAACUUCCAUGGAAUGUAUUCGGCACUCUAGACAAUUUGCCACACUUAAGGGUGAUCGAUAUGUCCAAUAAUAAAAUUCAAGAAAUUCGAGGAAAGGCAUACCAUCACGUCCAACGUGUUGAGCGACUUAUUUUAGAUUCCAACGAGCUUUCAUUGGAUCCUGGAAGAAAUCAUCCCAGACUAUUCUCUAAUUUCGUGUCUCUUUUGGAACUUCAUUUGACAAACGCCUUCGAGGAUGGUGAACCGAGAGAUCUUGCAUCGACUUUACAUGAUAUUUUUGUUAAUAGUAAUUUAACACAACUUAUAAAGCUGCAUUUAGAGCAAAAUGAAAUAUCAGAGUUCAAGGAUUUGAACGUGUUCUGUGAUCUACCGAAUCUUUUGGAUAUUUACUUGGGUGACAAUGAGCUGACUGCUUUUCAUUUUAACAUAUCAUGCCUUCCUAAAUUACGUUUCUUAGACCUUCAACGAAACCUGUUCACGAAUAUUGUCGAACGUGAUUUGCACGCUAUGGACGCGCUCAUUGAACACAAUCAAAGCAUGACGGUGGACUUCACCGGAAAUCCGCUUCAGUGUUCCUGCAAACUUAACCCCUUUGCAAAGUGGAUGAAGACGACGAAAGUGUUCGUUCGCAAUAAGGGCAGUUUAAAAUGUAUAGAAGACGGAGUAGCUCUUAAUAUUCACGAAAGGAAGAAUUGCACACCGAAACUGUUCUCGUCAGCUCGACGUGGUGCUACUGUCGUUCUAUUUUUCCUGUCUAUAGUAUUGAUAGGACUGGUGUGUGCGUUAAUUUACGUGCAACGCGUGACACUGCAAAAGAAAAUUGAGCCCAUAUUGGACUCGGUGAACAAGAGGGUUCGAUACACCUCGAUAGCAACUGGUGAUACGCGCGAAGAAGUAUAGGAGACGAGCAAAUAAAUGCCAUUAACAAAACGUCUUCGUCUCGACGAAAUUUAUACAUCGUUCCCAGAGCUGGGACCUACAGUCCCGGAUGGUGGAUACGCAUGGAUCGUUCUUUGUGGAGUAUUUCUUGUACAGAUGACUGUCCCAAGUGUACUAGCAAUGUAUGGAAUAGUAUUGGCGUAUAUACGUGAAAAUAAAACCACAGAUUUUGAUAUGUGGAGUGAGAAAAUUAUUUUGACACCUAUAAUAUUUACUGCCUUUUGGAAUUUAGCAGAUCCUUGGACGAGGAUGAUCGUGAACAUAGCAUCAAUUCCUCGUUUAUUGGGAAUAACAGGAGUAAUUCUUUUGGCGGUUGGGAUAAUAGCAUCCGGGUAUCUUGCAACCGGUGGAGUUGGUGUUUAUUUGGCCAGUACUAGCGCAGGCGCAGUGAUGGGUAUAGGCGCCAGUUUUACAAUGGUCCUAAGCGACUACAUUUUGAGAAAAUACUUCAGAAAGAAGCUUCUUAUAGCUUUGACUCUGAGGAACGUUGGAGCUUCGUUCGGUCUCGUGCUUAUUCCAAGUAUCACAAAUUUGCUUUUGCAUGAAGCUAAGUUGAAAGUUGGUCUGCAGCUAAUGACGACAGUGCUGUUGCCUACCGUGCUUGGAACGCUAACAUUUCGGUUGCCUUCUCUGCAACAAACUUCUCCUUACAGUCUACUGUUGUCGACUGAAGAAGACACUGAACUCCCUAUAAGAAUCGCUUCAGAUGAUCCUAAGGAUUUGCAAGAUUCAAGCAGUCAAGAUUACAUAGGAAAUUUCGACUAUGUUCAAGCUGAAGAAACAGCGCAUAGUGGAGGAUUGUUGAACGAAGGGAAUAACAUUUAUGCUUAUGAGGAACUGGAUGAGGAUGUGGAUUUAUUUGUAAAUCCUGUUGUUCAUUCAAACAACCAAUGUAACCAUCAACUUCGAGCUCUCGCGAAUUUUCAAUUAUGGGCUGCAAUAAUUGGUUGGGUUGGAAUGAAAGCAUCAGCUCUUUUCUUCUGGCUUCUGUUGCCUGCCUUAUCCUAUGAAAUUGUAAGCAAAUCUUACUUUUGGAUGUCACUAUCCAUUAUGGCUGGUUUCAGUACCUUUUUACCGAAUCUUGUCAGUUACAAAGUUUUAAAGCUUACAAAUCAGAAUAGAAGAUUAUACUUUGGAACAGCAUCUUGGCUUUCUGGUGUCAGUUUAAUAGGUCUAAUUUAUGCAGCCACCUACCCAUGGAUGAUAAUUUUUGCUUUUUUGGGUGGAAUUAGUCUUGGUAGUUUAUCCAUUUGUCAGGAUUUGGCACUAUAUGACGUUCUUGGUUCUGAAACAGUUCGUUCCGUUCACAAAGGAUUCUCAACUGUUGUGGGUCUAUGCAUUUUCAUAUUUUGUUUCGUACGCAACGUGCACUUCUGCCUGAGUCUUACGGCACUCUUACAAUUUCUCGGUGGACUCUAUUGGAUCUCGUCCCCAUUUCUGAAUUUAAUUAAAGCCAUUCGUUACAGAUCUCGAACGAUGAAUAACGCAAGUAGAGACGAGACGUGAGAUAUAAGAUAAUUCUACAGCAUUAACGUACCUAUAUUUAAGAAUAUCGAUUUUAUAUUAUAUCUUAACUUAAAGGUAUUUACAAAAGUAUUUAUAUCGAUCACAGUAAU